ACCGAUCAACCGAGUGCAUAUCCAACUCCCGCCGCCGCCGCCGCCGCCGCCGCCUCGCAAACAGACUCCACUACGCCCCAGAUCGCUCAGCCCUCAAAAGCCAUGUACACAUAUUCUCCUCGGAAAAACCCAUCCAUCACCAACGCCCCCAAGAAGCACGCUCACCAUUGCUAUCCCAUCACGCCAUCCUGA